UCUUUCCUUCUACAGCACAUCUCGUGCAGGCAUCGGCAACCGGAGGGGGCAGGGCGCGGUGGAAAACAGGGGCAAAGCUCCGCCCCUUUCCUUGACAGUUCUCAAACAGGUCCGCUACCAGACAAUAUAGGGGGAGCGCAAGGAGGUACAGCAACUUGCUUACUGUGCUUCGCGGAGAGCGGUGGCUUGAGGGGUGGAGCAUUAUGUCUGGUCGCGGCAAAGGGGGUAAGGGCUUGGGGAAGGGGGGUGCUAAGCGGCAUCGUAAGGUGCUUCGUGAUAACAUUCAAGGUAUUACGAAGCCAGCUAUUCGUCGUUUGGCGCGCCGUGGUGGUGUAAAGCGUAUAUCCGGAUUGAUCUAUGAAGAAACCCGAGGAGUACUUAAAGUGUUUUUAGAGAACGUCAUUCGUGAUGCUGUCACUUACACUGAGCACGCUAAGCGGAAGACUGUGACUGCUAUGGAUGUGGUGUAUGCUUUGAAACGCCAGGGUCGCACACUCUACGGAUUCGGGGGCUAAGUUUCCAUUCGGCUUCGAAAUUGAAACAUUCUCAGAAACACAAAGGCUCUUUUAAGAGCCACCCACACUUUCACAAUGAGAGCUCAAGCGCUAAUGAUCUCUUAAACGAGAGAGGGAGGGGGAGGGACUGUAAAUUAAGCAUACUUCGUUAAAUGGGGGGGGGGAUUUUAUGUUUUUUGAGUAAGUCGUACAUCACGUGGAAAGAGAAGCAUCAGUGCUUUUUAGCUGGGGAGGGAUGUUUAAACCCUGUGACUAAAAGGUUAUGGACUUUUUUUUCUCCUUUUUUUUUUUUAACCAAAAUCUGUUUUUGUCAGCUUUCUAGGUAACCAGAGGCAGAACAGCUUGGGUUUCCCGGGAAGACCUUUUUUGCUGCCUUAUAGUAGGACAAAGUUGAUGGGCAAAAUGCAGUAAAGUCCACUCUGACUAAAAA